AUGCCCUCUACCUGUGCAUCAGCGGUAAAAGCUGCAGGAAACUAUGGAAACUAUGGAGGCGGUCCUUCGUCAUUCCAGGAUGAGAUCCUUUCGAAAGUAAAUGAGGCAUUGUCAAUCUUCAAACCUGCGAGUGGUGAUGAAAGUGAUCAUAUUGGGAAAAUGAUUCCCAUCCUCGCGACAGCUCUAUCCGUUAUGGUAGGGGAGGUAAUAAAAGGCGUGACGGCCGAGCUCGACAAUCGCUUACACAGAGCCACCUCGUUACAGGCACAACAACAACCAGGGAGUGAAAGACUACUAGCUGCUGUACGUAAACUGACCUACGAAAACGAUAGGUUGCAGCAGUACAGUCGUCGUGAAUCAGUUAGAGUGUUUGGUAUUCCGCUGAAUGAGGGAGAGACGGCAGAACAAGUGGAGCAGAAAGCAAUCAAAGUCCUCAAAGAUACUGGAGUAGAUGUCUCUGCUACUGACAUUGCUGUGGUCCACCGCGCAGGAAAGGCAGCCAGGGGGACCCGACCUGUGCUGGUCAAGUUUGUCUCUAGGCGCAAAAGGAAUGAAGUGAUGGUAAAGAAAAAGAAUUUAAAAAGUAAACCCGGUUACGAGCGCACCUUCAUCAACGAUGACAUCACUCCUCUUCGCGCCAGGCUGCUCGGUUAUGUCAAGAGACUGGGCUACAUGGGGUGGACUAUAGACGGCAAAAUAAUGUGCACCAAGAAAUCUCCUCCUGGACUUUCCCCUGCAGAUCAUCCAAAACCAAUAGCGAUCGAGACCCCAGAUGACCUCUUCAAGCUUGGGGUGAAGGCUAUUGACUACGCCUCUCUUGGAUUGGAGUAUCUGUCCGAGUCACCGGCAGCGAACCUAGAAGACUUGAUUAAGUCAUACGAUAUUUGUUGCCUGUGUGAAAGCAAGUUAGACAACACUGAUUCGAUCCACAUUGAUGGCUAUGUGUCUUUCUACAAGAACCGUAGCAAAUGCAUAAACCAGGAUGCCUUAUUUCUAAAAGUAAAAAAGGAAGCCAUAGGACAGGAUAUUAUGUUUGUGGGCAUGUACAUGCCACCUGAAGGGUCACGCUAUGUAAAUUUAGAUGCAUUUAGUGAACUCGAGGAGACCCUUCUUGCUCUUAAAACAGAACAUAUAUGUAUAAUGGGAAACCUAAAUGCUAGAACUGGGCAAAUCUCAGAAAACCUGAGUGAUGAACCACUGAACCCUGAUUGUAGUCUCAAUAAUUAUUAUGAUCUACCAAAACGUGUCUCCCAAGACAAAAGUACUAAUAACAAUGGUAAAAAACUAAUUGAAUUAUGCAGAAACCUAAACCUUGCAAUUGUCAAUGGAAGAGCAGGUCCCGACAAAAACACAGGAAAGCUUACCUGUAAAAACUCAAGCAUAGUAGAUUACUUCAUACUGUCUAGAGAACUCUUUAAUAUAAUUGAAGACUUUAAUGUCCUAGAAUUUAAUGAGUUAUAUUCUGAUAUUCACUGUCCACUAGAACUCCACCUCAAACUACCUUCCAAACAAAACCUUCAACCCAAAGUACUCCCAUUACUAAAUGAUGAUAAAGUAAAGAAGGACACAACACUUAAGAAGCCCAAAUGGAAAAGCAGAAUGAAAGAUGACUUUAUUAGUUCCCUAGAUUCUAACAAGAUUAGCCACUUAACAAAUGAAGUCAACGAGCUGUUACAAAGAAAUCAUGAAGUAGACUUACACAAGAUUGAUGCACUAACCCAAGAGGUAUGUAAUAUUAUGCUGGAUAGUGCUAGUAGAUGUGGCCUACUCCCUUAUGCCAGCAACCCAAAGAAACAGCAAGUCCCUAGUCAAAAACCUAAAACCAAACCAUGGUUUAACCCCAGCUGUCGCAGGAAAAGACGCGAAUUCUUUAAAGCACGGCGCCAAGCGAAGACGUGUAACAGCCCAGAAUCCCAAUCACGCAUGAAUAGAGCUGGACAUGAUUACAAGAGAGAAAUAAGAAAGCAGUUUAAACUCUACCAGCAAAAAUGGUUUAGGAAAAUUAGACACUUAAGAAGUAAGGACCCAAAGGUUUUCUGGAACAUUCUGAACAAGAAUAACAGUGAUAAAAUAAAGAAGGUAAUCCCAACCUGUAAUGAAUUUUUACAGCACUUCACGGAGAUAAACAAUCCUGGCAAUUACACACCUGAAACUGACCUACUUGUGAAUACCACUGAAACUAGCAAUAACUAUCUCAACAGUGAAGUAACAGAGAGUGAGGUUGCUAAUUGCCUAAAAAAGCUAAAAGGAAACAAAGCUUGUGGAAAUGACAAUAUAAUAAAUGAAUUUUUAAAAUUUUCACAACCAAAGACUCUGACUCUAUUCACAGCCCUCUUUAACCUCAUAUUAGCAACAGGUCAUGCCCCCACAGAAUGGGCAACAGGUAUUAUAACACCAGUUUUUAAAAACAAAGGAGAACAAAGUGAUCCAAAUAACUACCGUGGCAUUACAAUCCUUAGCUGUUUUGGUAAGCUAUUCACAAGUGUCCUUAAUGUAACAAGCAGGCUUUCGGCAGGGGUUAUCCACCCUUGA